UAAGAGGAAAAUAUGCAAUCAACGUUCCGAUUGGGUGAUUUUAUACUUUGAUCCUUGCCGGGGAUCCUUGAUUACCUUUGGAAGGGCCUUGGAAUGCGAGGAAAUAUUUUGGAAUACAACCCGGGGCCGGGAAUGGAUGUUUCAUUUUCCGCUUGGAAAACAUAUUGCACUACUUCACCCAUUAUUAGAAUCUGAGAGUUCCAAUGGAACUUGUCAAAAAUCGAACGCUUUCGCUUUCUUCUCCCGAUAUAAUAAUAUAUUUGGCCGAGGGCUCUCUCGAGCGAAGCGCUGGCCCGUGUCCGGUCCUAGUAUACUCCAUUGCAUAGCACGAGCCGGCUGCACGAGAAGGUCACGUGCAUAUCUUGUCACUAUGGCGUGGUCUUCCAUAUAUGGCAAACAGAAGUCAAUUUGAUUGGUAACGUCACCAGCCCUGACAGAAUGUCAACAAAAACAUUGAGUUUUCCCAAUCGUUAUUUUUCUGACAAGCUUUGCAUUUCUGCCAACGGCGUCUGUUCGGUCGUAAUUUUCAAAGCCUCCAAGCAUCUCUUCGUAGCGAGACUCUUUUGCAUCACCCUUUUUAACGAAAUAAGCGUAUAAACAUUAUCACAGCCAAGUGAAUUUUGGAGGGAAAUACCAGACUCUUUGCCGGUGUUUAUAAUACAGAAAAUUUGCAUUUGCCUCAGCCGAAGAUCUUUUUCGAACCCAAACGAAUUUUGGCGGACUCUUCGAAACUUGACUUAAACUGACACCAAAAGUGAAUUUGGAAUUACUGCUAUAAGUUGGUGAAAUCGCUGGUUAAAGGGAAUUUCUAAAAAUGUGGACGACGAUUUCGAGCUACAUCUGGGGUGAUGCAGACGAACAAAUUGUGCCGGGUUGUACUGUAGACGACACCCAAAGCGAUGAGGACUGGAUUUUGGUCGAUGUUCACGAAAGUAAAGUACUCGCUGGAAAAGAAAACGAGGUUUCCAAGUUAAAGGCUCAAGUGCAGUUGGAAGAAAGCUGGUAUGUUACUCCACCACCUUGCUUCGAAGCGAGCGGGCUUUCCCCCGAAGUUUUGGAAGCUAGCCCGAUGGAAGAUUUACUCAUCGAGCAUCCUAGUAUGUCUGUGUACGGGCCAGGUGUGAGGCGAGAUUCCUCUUCAAUUUCAUCUGCAUCCAGGAGUUCUAGCACGCCAAGGAACGAAGGAGAGCAGGUAGAAAGGAGAGAACCUCGCCGAACGGUACAGUUUCAAGAGCAGCUCGAUUUAAUUGAGAAGAGAAGGCAAACGGAACCGCCGCUUCAAAGCAGCAUUCGCUCGAACAGAAAGAACUUGAAAAAACAGAACAUGGUUCAUUUUCAAAACAAUUCUAGGAGCAAGCGAAAUAAAAAGCGAAAUAGGAUGCUAGGGAAACAUGUUGGACUGCACGGUAAAAGAGGCUGUUGACCCUCACUGCAAAAUUAUAAGAUUCGAAGACGCCGAGGGAUUAGGCGUAUCGCGUAGGGUCUAAGUCCACUGUAAAUAUUUAAAACUGUGUUAUUUAUAUUCUUGCGGAGGGUCUGGCUUGCUUUCCUGUGGAGUUUCCUUCUUUUCCCUAGUGUAUAGUAAUCCUUAUUGUAAGAAGGAUUUUAAAAUAACUUGAUCCUUGAAACGAAAAUCAGGGUUCAAAAUUGUCAAAUAGCUUGUGGAGAUAGCUCUUCCAGCUAUAUAAUUUAUGCACUUUUAUUACGUAUAGCAUAAGAUUGUUUAGAAUCUAUUGUUGUCAUUAUAUUAUUUUUCCAAUUCCAGAAAAGGACAAAAAAAGUACAAAAUAAUUUUUAAAAUAUGAAAGAAAGAAAUUUAAUUUCACUUCCACUCAUACAUCAAAUCUGAUUGAGCAGAGCCUUGAGUGUAACCAUGAGAUUUGAAUAAAGGACAUUUUAGCAGA